CCACGCAAAGGGAUCAAUGCUGCUCCAUCGGUUUCCAGCCUUUCCUCUGCAAAGCGCUACAGCUGACUGGAUGACUGGGAAGCCGUCAGCUGAUGACUAAAUCAGAUCUACACCGUUAUCAGCAGCUCUGCUCACAGUCCCAACAUGAGUGCGGCGUUUCUUGCCUCAUUGGUCGUGUUGGUGACUGCGAGCGGCUGUUUUUCCAGCAGCCUCCCGCCGUCCGCCGACUGCGCGCAGAGCCGGGGGAAGGACGCUUCUUACCGGGGAGCCAUCGAUGUGACCGACUCCGGCAGCCGGUGCAUGAACUGGACCGAGGUGGCCGGAUUCAAAGAGCGCUAUCCGGACAGAGGAAUAGGAGAUCACAACCACUGCCGCAACCCGGACGGCAGGAUCCGACCCUGGUGCUUCUUUAGGAACCUUAAAGGGAGAAUAGAUUGGGGCUACUGCGACUGUAAACAAGGCUCGGUGCGUCUGCAGGGAGGCCGCUCCAAACUUGAUGGCAGGGUGGAGGUGUAUCUGGGAGGAGUUUGGGGGUCUGUUUGUGGCAACGAUUGGGAUGACAAAGAUGCUGCAGUGGUCUGCAGACAGCUGGGCGAGGGGGUCUCUGGUAUUGCUCGUUCGGCUCCUUUGUUUCAUCCCCAAACAGCCAAGAUUCACUGGUUGGCAGUCCAUUGUCAGGGAGAAGAGCCAGACCUGCUCCAGUGUCCUAAAAAUACCUGGAAAGGAGAAGAAUGUUCUCUGGCCGCAGCUGUUACCUGCACUCAACAGAGGGCGGUCAGGACCCUUCCUAUCCGGCUAGUAGGAGGUCGGUCAGAGUCAGAGGGCAGGGUCGAGGUCUUCCACGCAAGACAAUGGGGCUCCAUAUGUGAUGACCAAUGGGAUGACAAUGAUGCAGAGGUGGUGUGUCGACAACUGGGGUUAAGUGGAGUUGCAAGGGCAUGGAGCCAAGCACAUUUUGGCAAAGGUACAGGCCGCGUCUGGUUGGACGAGGUACGCUGCUCAGGCAAUGAGCUCACUUUAGAGCAGUGUCCAAAAAGUGCCUGGGGUGAACACAACUGUUUGCACUCUGAGGAUGCAGGAGUGUCCUGCAGCCCUCUCACAGAUGGUACCACCAGACUGGUUGGCGGAGCUGGAAGCCAUGAGGGACGUUUAGAAAUCUUUUAUCGGGGUCAGUGGGGGACGGUGUGUGACGAUGGCUGGACAGAGUCAAACACCCUAGUCGUAUGUCGACAGCUUGGUUACAGGAUGGGCGAGACUCUGCUUUCUGAAGGACUUGAUAUAAACCCAGUUCCACGGUUUGGGGUGGGGUCAGGUCCCAUCCUUUUGGACGACGUGAGCUGUACAGGAAAAGAACCCAGCCUAUUGUUGUGCAACAGGAGGGAGUGGCUCCACCAUGACUGCACACACCAUGAAGAUGUUAACAUUGCCUGCAGCUCUAAGCACAGUAAAGACAGUCCUCCAGCCAGUAUCCCUGUACGUCUUGUGGGAGGCGAAAGUUCCCGGGAAGGCCGGGUUGAGCUCUUUCUGUCCGGCCAGUGGGGGACCGUCUGUGAUGAUGGAUGGACUGAUCAAGAUGCGGAGGUGGUGUGCAGGCAGCUCGGCUACAGUGGUGAGGCAAAGGCGCGUGUAAUGGCAUACUUUGGAGAAGGGACUGGCCCCAUCCACGUCGACAAUGUCAACUGUAAUGGCGAGGAACAUUCUUUGGCGGACUGCAUCAAACAGAGGCCUGGCACGCACAACUGCCGCCACAGUGAGGACGCCGGGGUCAUCUGUGACUAUGGAGAAUCACAACACAGCAACCGAGAGGUUAAAGAUCCUGUCAGCUCAAUUUGCGGUCUGCGCCUCAUACACACUCGCCAGCGCCGGAUCAUAGGAGGAGAAAACUCACUGAGGGGUGGCUGGCCAUGGCAGGCUGCCAUUCGUUUGCGAGGGUCUCGAGGAGAUGGGAGGCUGGUGUGUGGUGGAACGCUCAUUGACACCUGCUGGGUCCUGACCUCAGCGCACUGCUUCAAAAGGUAUGGAAACAACACCAAGCAGUAUAAAGUGAGACUGGGCGACUACCACUCCCUUGUGCCAGAGGAGUAUGAAGAGGAGUAUGGAGUUGAUCAAAUUGUCCUCCAUCCAAACUACCACUCCUACAGCAAUGACUAUGACCUGGCUCUGGUUCGCCUGUCACCGGGAGCAGUGGGCCAGGCACCAGGAGAGUGUGUGUCGUUCAGCCGUCACAUUCUUCCCGCCUGCCUGCCCAUGAGGAAAGAGAGAGUGCUCAAACAGGCCAGCAACUGUCACAUUACUGGCUGGGGGGACACAGGACGUUCCUACUCAAAGACCUUGCAGCAGGCCCCCCUGUCUCUUCUCCCCCGCCGUCACUGCCAGCAGUAUUAUCACAGCGCCUUCACAAGCCGCAUGCUCUGUGCCGGGACCGUCCAGUCAGAGAGGCGUGUGGACAGUUGCCGGGGUGACAGCGGAGGCCCGUUGGUGUGCGAGCGCCCAGGAGGGGGCUGGGUGGUUUACGGGGUCACGUCUUGGGGUCAUGCCUGCAGGACUCAACAGUCCCCUGGUGUUUACACCAAAGUCUCCGCCUUCAACUCGUGGAUCCGCAAAGUAACUGGACGUGAUAAGAAAAUGCGAUGAGGCUGGCAAACUGAAAGUAGUGACCUCUCAGGACUCAACCGGUCAGAUAGAAAAAAAGGCAGCAAUACAUUUCACUUACGACAAUCUGCUGUCAUGGUAACACAUAUCGCCUAUGAAAAACAUGUAAGGAAGAUUUUCAGAUGAAAAGUGUUAGAGCACAAAGCAGAAGUUUACUCACACUCAUCAAUACAUCACAACUGAAUAUCUCAGUGUUAACAGUAUCAUUGUUUUUAUUUAAAUUCUGUUUUGUGUGCAAACUUUUAUUGUGACCUUAUAUUGUAAUCUUAAAAUUUUUAUUUUUUAUGGACCAAACAUGUAGUGGACUGACUAUGGAUGAAUUUAUAAAACUGCACUACGAUCACCUAUUUUAUAAUUCAACCGAAUGAUACUCAGUGAAAUAUGCUCAGAAGCCUCAUUUCAGUCUUGUUUUAUUUCUCAGAUGUGUCUUAAUUUUGUGCAAGACUCUUAUGUCAUGUCUUAUUGUUUCCUUGCAGUGAUAAACAGUUUACUUUGUUGUGAGUCAUGUUUACUCAGAAAGACAGUGUUUCCCUAUAAAAGCACUAAACAGUUUUUCCAAUUGUUUUCCUCUUGGCAGCCAGACGUAGUCCUUGUGUUGUAAUUACCAGUGUUUAACACGCUUCUAUUAAAGAAAUGCAUAAUUUCAGUAUGCCCCUUUUUAAUGUUAACUUUAUAUACUGUUGUUGUUUCACAGAAACAUUUUCCCAUAAAGAAAACCUUUGUAAUAAGUUCAAAUCUGUGGUGCCUUUUUAAUCAAACCCGAGAUAUUUAAAGUAAAGGUAUUGUUUUUAUAUCCGUUCCUUCUAAGUCAUUUUCAGUUCACAUUUGGUGUGUUCAAAAAUAAAAAGAUAUGCCUCUCUUCUCUGUUAUAAACUAUUCUAGGUUCUUUUUCCCAUAUAUGUUAUUUGAAACAUUA